AUGAUAUAAUAGACUAAAUAAUACAUCAUAUUAGAAGAAUUUUUAAAUUCUUCACUCUAAUCUCAUGAGACUCUCCAUAUUUAUCAGAAUUGGAAUUAAAUUGGUAAUGAAGGUACAUCAGACUUAAGUUCUGCUUUAUCAAAUUGCACUAAUCUCUCAAAUUUAACACUUGAUCUUAUGGGCAAUGAAAUUGAUUCAAUUGGUGCUUCAUACUUAGGUUCUGCUUUAGCAAAUUGCACUAAUCUCUUAAAUUUGGAAAUUAAUCUUUAUGAUAAUUAAAUUGAUGCCAUUGGUGCAUCAGGUUUAGGUUCUGCUUUAGUAAAUUGCACUAAUCUCUCAAAUUUGAUAAUUUGUCUUUUUGACAAUUAAAUUGGUGCUACUGGUGCUUCAGGUUUAACUUCUGCUUUAGCAAAUUGCACUAAUCUCUCAAAUUUGACACUUGAUCUUACUGGCAAUUAAAUUGGUGCUAUUGGUGCAUCAGAUUUAGGUUCUGCUUUAACAAAUUGCUCUAAUCUCUCAAAUUUGACACUUAAUCUUCAUAGAAAUUAAGUUGGUAACUAAGGUGUAUCAGGCUUAGGUUAUUCUUUAGUAAAUUGCACUAAUCUCUCAAAUUUAACACUUGAUCUUGGUAUCAAUUUAAUUGGUGCGAUUGGUGCAUCACGCUUAUGUUCCGCUUUAGCAAAUAGCACUAAUCUCUUAAAUUUGACACUUAGCCUUAGAUGGAAUUCAAUUGGUGAUGAAGGUGCAUUAGGCUUAGGUUCAGCUUUAUAGAAUUGUGCUAAUCUCUCAAAUUUAACACUUGAUCUUCGGUCUUUGAAUUUAUUUAUUUGA